GCUUGCUUUUGCUCUUCCUAGUGUGUCUUACGUGUCGCUAGCCCUGAAUCCCAUCGCGAUCGCCCCCAAACCUAGCUAUUAUUGCAUCAUCCAGCAAGGUUCCAGCGCGGAACAGCUGCAAAAAACAUAGUCGUGAUCCACUGGCAGCGAUGGAAGUCCCCACGCGCCGGGUGCGCGUGAGGUUUCGAGUGGGAGGGAGUUUGGUGAGAGAGGGGAAGGGCAAGAGGGAGGCCAUUUACAUCGCGCUGACGGCGGCCGGAGCCGAAACGUUCUUUCCGACGCCCGAGAUCGCCCCCUACGAUCGGCAACAAGACAAGGAGACCGACUACUACCUCGCGAAGACCGAGACGGGAGAAUUGAUGGACGGCACGUCCCUGCCCGACGAGGCGCAAAAAAGGAUACUGAGCUUCCUCCUCCACGACGUCAACAAACGCAACGGCGACCCGUCGCGCUCGUCUUUACUCAUGUCCGUGAAGCCGCGCGAGCCGCCGAAGGCCAUAGUGUGGACCGAGCCGAUGCGCUAUGCAUUGGAGGCCGGCACGCGCCAGCUCCACGGCGCCGAGCUGCCGUCGUUCGCCGAGAUUGCGAAAAUGGGCUCCGUGGAAAAGGUUGGCCUGAUGGGACUGUGCUCCUAUUUGCAAACGUAUGCACAUGCUACUAAAGCUGCGACGCAGAUCAGGUUGGCUUCCAAAACCCAAAGGUCAUUUGCGGACUUCAAAACUCUACUGUCUCAAGUGAUGAAGCGAAAGAAGACGCACAACGGUCCUCGCGGUUACGGUAGGAAGGAGGGCGAGACGAUGGAGCAGUAUUGGUUGCGGAUAGGGGAGCUAUACUCCGACAUUCAGGAUCCUACGCUUCGUAAGUUAGGAGACAGAAUUGAGAAGAUAAUGUCCUGCUCGAACGUGGACGUCGCGCAAGAGGGGCCUCUAUGGGCGCGACACCACCGCGAUUGGUUUGUCGAUAACAAGUGUCCGUAUGCGCCGCCGCGCGAGACGCCGGAGGCGGACGAGCUCGCCUGGAUCGGGAGGUGCUACAAGGACAAGGACGGGGUCUGGUGCAUCAAGAAGGUCGAGUUCUCCCAGCAGGAUAGGGAGCUCGCCGUGUACGCCUACCCGGCCGACGAGGAGCCGCCGGAGGACGACGACGAGCUGGAGCGCGAGUUACUCGACCCUUUCAAGGAGGCACUCGAUGAGGAGGUUAACGUCUGGGUCGAAUCGGACUCGGAGUGAGUAAGUGUUAAAACUAA